GAAUAGGGAACAAUAGAACAUCUGCUGUAUGCCUGUCUUCAACUGGCAAGAAUAAAAAAAGUUAUCCUUAGGGGCUGAGUUAGCGAAUGAAGUUCCCCUUAUAAGCUGAUUACUACUGCAACUUCAGAACUAAUAGCUUAAGUUAAAGACAUGUCGAAAAAUCCUCCCCCCUCAGACUAUUGUCGGCUGUGUGUAAAAAGCUGCAAUGAUUGCCAGCGCAGUCUUUAUGAUGAGACAGGUCAAGCUAACUUGAAUCAUGAACUUGUGGACAAAUAUUUUACCAACGCAAUGUUGAAUAUGGCAUGGGAGCAACGUCUUCAAUACAUCUGUGAGAAAUGUUGGCAGCAUAUCUGGGAGUUCCAUCAAUUCCAGGAAUCGGUCAUUGAGGCACAGAAGGGCCUACAUUUGCAUAUAGAAGCGGCAAAAGAAGUUAAGGAAGUCAAGUUAAAGCCAGAUGUGCAGAAAAAUCGGCAGGAAGCAAAACUUAACUCGCUAAGUGUCAAGGAAUUUAGUACUAGCACUGAAGAUUUAAUGAAAUCUACAGCCCUUACCAUUGAUAUAAAGUCCGAAGAACCUUUAGAUCUCAACAGUGAACAUGAUGGAAUGUCGUCUCUAGGCCUGGAACAGUUGACAGAUGAAGAAAUGUCUCUUAUGAAUACAGCAUCGACGAAAGACGUUGAAUCCAAUGAAGAUUAUAGCUCCAAUGAUGAGCUGCCCUUGUCAUCUUUGAGCCAAAGCAAACUUUCCUUUUCUGCAAAAGAAGUUGAUGCAGCAAAAAGGUCCGUGGAGCAGUUUGAUGAGCUGGUAGCCUUGUGGCGUUCCUCAUUGAAAUGUGAAAUUUGCCAUCAUCUAAUGGACAGCUAUUCCCACUUGGAGGAACACUUUAGAAAAAACCAUGCUUCAGAAAAUUGUUACCUCAUGUGUUGCCAAUUGGUGCUGGAAAGUCGUUAUGCUAUCGAGAGACACAUACGCUAUCAUAAUGCUCCGCAGCAGCUUAGGUGUGAGGUCUGUUGCAAAGCUUAUAGUUUGCAGCGAUAUGUGAGAAGACACAAAAAAACUUUCCACACCAGCAAAGGAGGAGAUAAAAAUGCUAAAAACAGCGAGAAGUUAGAAGAGAAAUAUCGUUGCGACAAGUGCUUGAAGUACUUUGCAACGGAAAUGCGCUUAAAUAACCACAAUCGUGAUGUCCAUAAACCCAAGAUUUUUGAAUGUAACAUUUGUGGAAAAUCCUUUAUGCGUCCGAUUGCACUGCGCGAUCAUAUGGCAAACCACACAGGCGAGAAGAAGUAUGCCUGCUCCUUUUGCUCCGCCGCAUUUACCUGCCAAUCUUAUAGCCGUCGGCAUAUGAAAAAAUAUCACCUGCAGGAAUGGAAGAAGAAGGCACAAAACGAUUCAGCCCAAAACGAUAUUCUGAGAGGGUAUCGGCGAGAAACUCGUGAAGAUAGCAUGGUCUUUGUCUGCAUUUAUUGCUCCAUGGAAUAUGCGAAGCAGUCGUCCAUGUAUAGUCAUCUAAGGCGAUGUCAAAGAGACAAUGAACAAAAAGCGCUUAAAAAAGGGUAUCGGCUUGAAAUUCGGGGAGAGAGUAUGGUCUGUGUUUGCCUUUAUUGUUCCAAAGAGUAUGAAAGGCGGCAUUCCAUAUACAAGCAUGUGUACCGAUGUCAUAGAAACGAUAGAUCUUUAGCGAAACAGGUCUCAACAACUUCUGAAGCUCAAGUGCCGAUUCAUGAACGAAGAACUCAAUUUUGUCAAGACUCACUUAGUAUUACCAGACCGAACACAACUGAGGUCAGCAACAUAACAUCAGAUAAUGAUACCUUAAAUAAACUGGACGAAGAAAUAGAAAAAGAAGAGCAUUUAUUGAUGACCCCUAUGGGUGGAAAGGAGCUGGAAGAUGAAAAUGCAACAAAUACUAAUGUGAAGGCCGAACAAAUUUCCACUGAUACAAUUUCCUUGGGAAAUGAGGAAAUGAAUGAGAGUGAAUUGCCCCAAGAAUUUGCAGAUGCUACAUGGGAAAGUGAAGAAUUCAUAAAAUCCGAAGAAGAAUUUAUUGAGCUAUAAACAGAAUCUACAGAUCUUAGUUGGAAUAAAAAAAUAAAAUUUUUCAUAGUAUUAAUAAGCCUA